AUGAGUCUAGCCAACGUAGCUGACGAGAUUGUUCGUCAUUAUGCACCGAAUCCAGAAAUGCUACAAGGCAGACUUAUCGACGUUCGCAAGCCCGAACGUACAAGACCAACAGACGAGCAGUUCUUCUAUGCCAAUAACAAGCCCAACGUCGCGUUCUUGCGGCGUCACUUCCAUGCUGAAGGCAGGUUGAACGAGUCCCAGGCCAUCUACAUCCUCGAGAGAGCAAAGGAAAUCUUUGCGGGAGAACCAAACGUGCUAGAUCUAGAUGCUCCUAUCACCAUAUGCGGAGACAUACACGGCCAAUAUGUGAGCCCCGUUCAUUCGUCUGAUUUAGUGGAUCUACUCGACUCCGACCGCGAAUACUCGGUCUAUUGGCACCUACGUUUUCGUCGUCUCGUGCCGCCCGUUCCCCUUUCGUCAUCCGUCUUUGCACCAUUCACUAAUGAUACAUUCAUACAGUACGACCUUAUGAAGCUCUUUGAAGUAGGAGGGAGUGUCUCAAAAGGACGUUAUCUCUUCCUCGGAGACUACGUCGAUCGUGGAAUGUUUAGUAUCGAGUGUGUGCUGUACCUGUUUGCGCUCAAAAUCUGGUACCCGGAUCGGUUGUUCCUCCUCCGAGGCAACCACGAGUGUCGACAUCUUACGGAGCACUUCACCUUCAAAGCCGAGUGCGUCAAGAAAUACUCGCUUCUCCUCUACGACGUUUGUAUGGCCACUUUUGACAGGCUGCCACUCGCAGCAGUUGUCAACAAGCAAUUCUUCUGCGCCCACGGUGGUAUCUCUCCCGAAAUGACCACCAUUGACGAUCUGCGUGUCAUAAAUCGAUUCCAAGAGGUUCCUACUGAGGGCUUGAUGAACGAUAUCCUAUGGAGCGACCCCGCAGAGCACAACAUUGAACCUGAUGGCGCCGACGACUUUGUGCGAAAUUCAGCCAGAGGGUGCAGCUACUUUUAUACCUAUAAAGCGGUCUGCACCUUCCUCAAGAGAAACAAACUGUUGUCAAUUAUCCGCGCCCACGAAGCACAAAAGGACGGCUUUAGGAUGUACAAGCUCACUCCCGAGGGCUUUCCUUCCAUCAUCACCGUAUUCAGCUGCCCCAACUACCUCGAUUCGUACCAGAACAAAGGAGCUGUGCUCAUUUACGACAAAAAGAUCACCGUCAGGCAAUUUACCCAUCAGCCACACCCAUACUGGCUUCCGAAUUUCAUGGACGCUUUUACAUGGACAAUGCCCUUUGUGGCCCAAAAGGUGGCAAAUAUGUUCGAAGGUCUACUCAACACAGUAUCGACUGAGGAGAUCGAGGAAGAGGAGGCCAAGGUCGAGCAACUGAACGCGCAAGAGAUUCUGGCAAGACGCCAGGCAAUCAAGAACAAGAUACGAACAGUUGGCAAGCUGAGCCGUGUAAUGGCCCUCCUUCGAGAAGAGGCAGAACGCUCCUCGGAACUGAGACGUCUGGAAGAGGGAGAAGAAGAGGCCGGCGUCGACGACAAUACACUCACCGCUGGUGAUCAGCUUGCCCGACAACGUCUGCAUGGAUUUGAUGACACGCGACGAUCGGACCUGAACAACGAGCGACUCCCACCGUCGUAUCAUUACUCGCAGGUUGAUGCGGGAGGGGCAUACGAUCAUUACUCAAAUGGAAGCCCAUACGGGCAGGUGCAGCAGCAGCUCCCACACGAUUAUGUCGCGCCAAGUGCGCGACGCUGGUCACGCGAAGAGUUGGAGCGACGUCUUCGACAGACGAUGCGUGAUCAGUCAUAA